AUUUUACUUUAUAAGUCAUGAGUCAAAGUCUUCUCAUUACUCUCUCCCUCCAAUAAAACUAGUAUCUAAGUAUCUUCACAUAAUAUUGUUCUUCAAAGUUUAAGAGACAUGGAGAGUGAAAACAAUCUCAAGAAGAAACAGAAGCUAGAGGUAUCUGAUAUACUCAAGGCAGCUAUAAUCAUAUAUGUUAAAAAUUUCAAUUUUAUGAUCUUCACUUUUCUCACUUCUCUUCCUCUAUUUUGUAUCAUGGUUUACUUUGAAAUUCAGCUUCAAGAAACCAUAGUUGAAACCUUCCAUAUUGUUAACUCAAAGGAUGUAGAUGUUCACCAUAGUUACACUGGUUCCAUUCUAGAUUAUUUUAUGAAUAAUUAUUAUUACCUUAAGUUGAUUCAACUUGGUUUGAUUUAUAUAUUUCCUCUCCAUGUUCUAGAGUUUGGAACUGCAAUUAUCACUGUAGAUUUAGCUUCAAAGUUAGGUUCACAACAAGAGAAGAAAAUGACACUUAAGGUGAUGUUUGAAAAAUCUCUUGAUUCAUCAAAAUUGAGAGGCUCAUUUCUCACUUUUAUAUAUGUUGUUUUCUUGACAACUACUCAUCAACUUGGAUUACUAUGGAUAGUUAUAAAUUGUUAUUUUUACUUGAAGGAUUUGAGUUUUGUGGUUUUUGCAUUGAUUUGUAGCAUGUUGUUUGCAAAGUUGUUAAAGAUGUAUUUGGAAUGGAGUUCUAUAUGGAAUACGAGUCUUGUAAUUUCAAUACUUGAAGGGAUUUAUGGUAUUGAUGCAUUAGUACUUUCACUUAAUUUCAGCAGAGGGUGCCAAAGAAAAGGGCUUUUUCUGAUGUUGAUUUUCUUUGCAUGGGGACAGUUUUUGAGAUUUUUCUGCUACUAUGUUGGAGGCUAUGAACAAGGUAAUGGAAUUUUCAUACAAGUUGGAUUGUUCUGCAUGGUGAUUCCAUUGAAAUGGGUGGUUUUUAUGAUCUAUUUUCAUGAUUGCAAGGAGAGAUAUUUGGAAAAGAAAAUGGAUGAGGAAUUAGGCAAAGAUGUAAGAGGGGUGAGUGAGUGAGAGUGGAUUGAGGUAGUUUCAGGUUAUGUAGCCACUUUAAUAUGUUUAAACAAUAAAUGUUAUCAAUACUGUAUUAUGAUUGUAUGAUAUUUAACAGCUUAUAGUAAGUGAAAAACUUUCUAUCCAUUGUGAUUGGUUUGUUUAUAUCAGCUAUAAAAUAGAGGUGAUUAAAUGUAAUCACAUGUGCCGACAGACGGACA